AUGAGUGGAUUAAGAAAUGGCUCAGCGCCUGUGCGCUCCAUGGAGGAUGAUAGUGAUGUUGAGGAGGAAGCCCUUGUGGCAGACUACCGCGAGCAGGUACAAUAUGAAGAUGGUAUGGAGGAGCUAGAACAGGUGAACUCCAUGACGAUGGCUCAACAGACCGACGACAUCCAGUCCAGACUUGUCGCCGCUGCCCAACCCCUAGACUUCUCUGCUCCCCUCGAAGUCAAGUUCCAGAGCUACGAUUCCUACUGCAAUCUAUUCCAUUUUAUCCUCAACUCCGAUGGCCCUGUCGAUCUGGAGCCUCCCUCGCACUACUGGGCUUGGGACGUUAUCGACGAGUUCAUUUACCAAUUCAACUCUUUCUCCUCUUACCGUCUAAGAAUUGCGAGACAAGCGAGAGAUAACGAGGAAGAGCGACAGAUUCUACGGGAGAACCCCAACACUUGGGGCUGUUAUAGCGUUCUAAACGUGCUGUAUUCCUUAAUACAGCGAUCCCAGAUUACCGAGCAGCUGGCCGCCAUGAAGCGCAACGAGGAUCCCGCAGCCGUUGCUGGAGAAUACGGUUCUAAAACACUGUACCGCAUGCUCGGUUACUUCUCCAUCAUUGGAUUACUGCGCGUCCACUGCCUUCUUGGCGACUUCAGUCUCGCGCUUAAGACGCUCGAUGACAUUGAGCUAAACAAGAAGGCCAUGUUCGCGCGUGUCAUGGCCGCCCACUUUACAACCUACUAUUACGUAGGUUUCUCUUACAUGAUGAUGCACCGAUAUGCCGAUGCCAUCCGCAUGUUCAGCCACAUUCUUGUCUACGUAUCACGUACCAAGAACUUCCAGAAGAACGCCCAGUACGAUUCUAUUACCAAGAAGAACGACCAGAUGUAUGCUCUGAUCGCCAUCUGUGUGGCUUUCCAGCCAACCCGUCUGGAUGACACCAUUCACACCGCUCUGAGGGAGAAGUACGGUGACCAGCUCCUUAAGCUGCAACGUGGCGGACCUGAAUCGCUACCUAUCUUCGAGGAGUUGUUCAAGGCUGCUUGCCCCAAGUUCAUCUCUCCUGUCCCCCCUGACUUCGAAAACCCCGAGGCCAACGUGGACCCUAUCGACCACCACCUCUCCAUCUUCAUGGACGAGGUCAAGACAAACAUGUGGAACCCUACCGUCAAGUCCUACCUGCGCCUCUACACAACCAUGGAUCUUAAGAAGCUCGCUGGUUUCCUAGAGGUGCAACCAGAGGAACUACGGUCUUGGCUCCUGGUCAACAAGCAGCGCACCAAGCAGCUACGGUGGUCCGACCACGCCCUACUGGAAGGCGAAUGGGUCAACGUCAGCGACCUAGACUACGCCAUGCAAGGAGUAUGUAUUUCCCUUUUUGAUAUUCUUGAUACAGGUCAAGCUUUGUGUGCGACUAUGGAGAUUCAGGUGUACGACGGUGCUAACGGACGCUCGCAGGACCUAAUUCACAUCUCAGAAGCCAAGGUAGGACGCAAACUGGUGGACUGGUACCUCCGCAACUUGUCACGGACGUACAACUAAGUAUGUAUGUAUGUCGAGAC